CACUGUCCCCGCUGUCCUAUGCAUCAUUGGCCCGACUAGCACCUCUGAUCUAGGCCUACUGCAACCGCGAAGAUGGCGGCCCGGGUCGUAAUAUUUUUCAAGACCAUGCAAGCGGCGCGAUGCCCGACAGAUGAGCUGUCGCUGACUAAUUGUGCCGUGGUGAGCGAGAAGGAUCUGCAGUCAGGACAACAUGUGACUGUGAAGACGACACCCAACCACAAGUUUGUGUUUACAGUCAAGACCCACCACACUGUGGCACCUGGAACCAUCGCCUUCAGCCUGCCACAGAGGAAAUGGGCCGGUCUCUCCAUCGGCCAGGAGGUGGAAGUGUCCAACUACAACUUCGACAAGUCCAAGCAGUGCAUUGGCGCCAUGACAAUCGAAAUUGACUUCCUGCAAAAGAAGAGUACCGACUCCUCUCCCUAUGACUCAGACAGGAUGGCCGCCGAAUUCAUCCAGCAGUUCAACAACCAGGCCUUCUCUGUCACCCAGCAGCUCGUGUUUACUUUCUGCGACAAGCUGUUUGGCUUGGUGGUGAAGGAUAUCGAGGCUAUGGACGCCAGCAUCCUCAAGGGAGAGCCAGCCUCUGGAAAGAAACAGCAGAAGAUCGACAAUGGGCUGAUGGUGGGCAACAGCCAGGUGAUUUUUGAGAAGGCAGAGAGUUCUUCCCUCACACUUGUCGGUAAGGCAAAGACCAAGGAGGCUCGACAGACAAUCAUCAACCCAGACUGGAACUUUGAGAAGAUGGGAAUCGGAGGUCUGGACAAGGAAUUCUCUGACAUUUUCCGCAGAGCCUUUGCUUCCCGAGUCUUCCCUCCGGAUAUUGUGGAGCAGAUGGGGUGUAAGCACGUGAAGGGCAUCCUGCUGUUUGGACCUCCGGGCUGUGGUAAAACACUGAUGGCCCGACAGAUUGGGAAGAUGCUCAACGCCCGUGAGCCGAAGGUCGUCAAUGGGCCAGAGAUCCUCAACAAGUAUGUGGGAGAGUCUGAGGCCAACAUCCGCAAACUGUUCGCCGACGCAGAGGACGAGCAGAAGAGGCUGGGAGCCAACAGCGGCCUCCACAUCAUCAUCUUUGAUGAGCUGGAUGCCAUCUGCAAGCAGAGAGGCACAGGAGCCAGCAGCACGGGCGUGCACGACACCGUGGUCAACCAGCUUCUGUCUAAGAUUGACGGCGUGGAGCAGCUCAACAACAUCCUGGUCAUCGGUAUGACCAACAGACCUGACCUGAUAGACGAUGCCCUGAUGAGGCCUGGCAGGUUUGAGGUCAAGAUGGAAAUUAGUCUGCCUGAUGAGAAGGGCCGAGUCCAGAUCCUGACCAUCCACACCAACAAGAUGCGAAACUUCAAUCUUCUGGCCGGUGACGUCAACAUCAAGGAACUGGCAGCUGAGACCAAGAAUUACAGCGGUGCAGAGCUGGAGGGGCUGGUCAGGGCCGCUCAGUCCACCGCCAUGAACCGCCACAUCAAGGCCACAUCUACAGUGGAGGUGGACAUGGAGAGGGCAGAGAAGCUGCAGGUCACCAGAGAUGACUUCCUGGGCUCCCUCAACAAUGACAUAAAACCUGCCUUUGGUACAAACCAGGAGGAUUACGCCAGCUACAUCAUGAACGGCAUCAUCAAAUGGGGCGACCCGGUCACCCAUGUCCUGGAUGAUGGAGAGCUGCUGGUGCAGCAGACCAAGAACAGUGAUCGCACACCACUGGUGGCUGUGUUGUUGGAGGGUCCACCCCACAGUGGAAAAACAGCUUUGGCAGCUAAGAUUGCAGAGGACUCGCAGUUCCCCUUCAUUAAGAUCUGCUCUCCAGACAAGAUGAUUGGACACUCAGAGAUCUCCAAGUGCCAGGCAAUCAAAAAGGUCUUCGAUGACGCCUAUAAGUCGCAGCUCAGCUGUGUGGUGGUGGAUGAUAUCGAGCGUCUGCUGGACUACGUCCCUAUUGGUCCUCGCUUCUCCAACUUGGUCCUUCAGGCUCUGCUGGUGCUGCUGAAGAAAGCUCCACCCAAGGGUCGGAAGCUCCUCAUCAUCGGCACCACCAGCAGGAAGGACGUGCUGCAGGAGAUGGAGAUGUUGGACGCCUUCAGCACCACCAUCCACAUCCCCAACAUCUCCACUGGGGAGCAACUCGUCGACGCCUUAGAGCUGCUGGGGAGCUUCACAGAUAAAGAGCGGGCCAGCAUCGCACAACAGCUGAAAGGGAAGCGAGUCUGGAUCGGCAUCAAGAAGCUCCUCGUGCUCAUCGAGAUGUCGCUGCAGAUGGACCACGAUUACAGAGUGACCAAAUUCCUGUCUCUGCUCAGAGACGAGGGGGCUGACCGCAGCUUCUAUGAGUAGAGGGGCUGAAAGGAUGAAGCAAUCAUUUUGCCAUCAACAGGACACCCAUGGGACAAAAGGGGGAAGAGGCAAAGAAGAAGAAGAGAUCUUCCUCCUGUCACCCACUGAUCCCAUCCAUCUAAAAGAGGAACACACAAGUCCUCUUUAUCUCAGCAUGUUUCCAUAGGCAGUAUCACUGUAUCACAUUCCUCCUACUCAUCUUCGUCAACUAUUGACAUUUUCCCGCAAACUACUGGACGUCCUACUGAUACAAAUCUGUUAUCUGUAACGAAAUUGCAAUAGAUGAUUGUAAAAAGUGCUGUUUUGUGCAUCAGGCAUAGAAAUAAUUUAAAAAAAAAUAAAGAGUCAUGUAUGUUUUUAGCUAUAGUAUAUUACGUGUAUUUGUUGCAUAUCUCUUGUCUAGCUAAAGGUAGUAAUUGAUAGUACGAUAUGUAUCCUCACAAUCACAACCAGUAUAAAAACGAUCUAAAAGUGACACAGAUCCUGAAUCCGUUUGAAUAUUAAGAAUCUACGAGAGGCUUUUAGUGAAUAUGUAGUGGCUGUAAAAAAAAAAACAAGCUGUUUCAUGUGUAAAUGUAAUCCCUUUAAAUAUACAAUAUGUUCAUGUUCUGUAAAUAGUAUAUAUAGACAAAAGUAUAUCAUGAAAAUAAUUUAAAUGAUCAGUCUCAAGUCUAUUUGGUACUUUAACAGUAUGAUUCUUCUUCCCUAUUGCUCUGGAGAUGUUGACUUUACCAGGUGACUGUAAUAGUGAAAGUAAAUGUUGGAUUGUUUGGAUUGUUGGCCUGUCUGUCUGUGUUGUGUACAGUACAGUUCAGUUCAGUCGAGCUAGUGUAGCUUUGGCAUCGUCAGUGUUAAGAAUUAAAAAAUAAAAAAUAUCUGCACUUUUGACAAAAAAAAAAACAAAAAAAACUUUAGUACUUAUCUCAGCGGUUCUUCGUGGGAACUCGAGCUUGUGUUUUGCUCAUGUGCAUAAAUGCUGCAUGUGUCCUGUGCAUAUGUGAGCGUGUGUGUGAGCAGUUGCGAGUGUGCUUUUGAAUGUGAGCAUGUGUGUGUUUAAGUGUGCGUGUGUGUGUGUGUGUGUGUGUGUGCAUCUGAAUCCAGGUUUGGACAGUCGGGGGUUAAUUUGUGGGGUUUUUUUUUUCUCAUGUCACAUGUUCAGUGCUUAUUGUCCAAAGUUCUUGUUUUGUUCUGACCAUUGUUGAUAUGUGUGUGUGUGUGUGUAUGUGCGUAUGUAAAUAUAUAU